UGCAAAACCGAUAAUUAGUAGCAAAUAAAAUUCUUUUGUGAACUAAUAAAUUAUACAUCGAGAAUAAAUACCUUUUAAAAAAAGGAAGAAAAAUGAGAGAAUCUGCUCAUGAUAUCAGUAUGGAUACCUGGAAACAGUGGAUACUUGAUGCAAUAUCAAAAAUUCGGUCCCAAAAGCAAAGGCCGAGCGUUCAGAGAAUAUGUCAGGCUAUUGGCACACAUCACAAAUUUCAUGAAGAUAUUGUGGCUGAAAAAUUGGAAAAGGCAGUUGAGUCUGGUUCCGUUAUCAAAGUAUACAAUAAGGGAUUGCAUUCAUAUAAAGCGCCGAUGGCGAAAAGGCGAAUAAAAGUUGAUAAAACUACAAAUCUUUACAAAGUCGUAGCUAAAGCAGUUAAUGACUUGGGAGAAUGCGAAGGAUCUACGAUAAAAAAUAUAGAAAACUAUAUUCAAAAAUUUAACUGCAUUGAUCUUUCGCCCAAUGUUGAUUUCAAAGCUGUAAUUAAAAUAUCAAUAAAGAAAGCUGUAGACACUGGCUUCCUAAUACAGGAGGGAAAGUUGUACAAGAAGGGCAAAUCGUUAACAACGCCCCGAAAAUCUUUACCAGAAACUGAGAUACUUAUCAAGGGAGAAGAAACAUGUACCCAUUGCUCCGGAAAUUCACAAAAAAAUCUAAAUGGCAUUCCAGAACCUCUCAGUUCUUGUAAACAAUGUGGAAUAUCAUUGCACACGACAUGUGCAAACAUUGCCGGUAAAUGCAAAUCGCAGUCGUAUGUCCUGCUUUAUAUGCUUGUUACUAAAGGAUCUUUAUGGAACUGUCAGAAAUGUGCCGAUUGCGUUGUCUGCAAAUUGCGUAAUCGCGGUCCAUGUCUUUUACAGUGCUUCGCUUGUAAAAACCAUUUUCAUCUUACGUGCCUCGAUACGAUUCCAGACAAAAAGCCCAAGCAUCCAUAUCGAUGCAAAUCGUGCCUAAACGUUGAUCACCCAAAAUCAUUAAAAAGGGAUGCAACAAACAUAAAACUGGAGCAAGAAAAUGAGAGAAAUGUCCCGUAUUCGAAUGUCUCCCAAAAAACACAUUCCAACUGCAAACGGCAGAUGAUUAAGAGAGAAGAGCGAAUAGAAAAUCCAUCAACGUCCCAAGAAUCUGUAAACAAUGUUGCUGGCCACAAGCAGAAGAAGAAAAAUUGCAUCGUCGUUAAUAAUUUUGAAGCUCAAAUUAAACAAAAAAAGAUAUAUCGAGAACCAAUUAUUAAUCAAAUUAAUCGAAAGCGUACAUAUUCGGAUUUGUCAUCUACGACUUCCUCAAGUGACAGCGACGAUGAUGAGGAUGAUGAUGAUGAAAAGAAUGCUGCGUGCGAAGAUCAAGAUGACAGCACAUCGUCCGACUCAUGCACGUCCUCUAGCUCCGAGUCAGAUUCAAGCGACAGCUCGAGUGACAGCUCUGAAUGCGAUGACGAUAAUGAUGAGGAGGACUAUGACACGGAUAAAAGUACAUUUAAGGAGAAUAUAUUUGAAAACGAAAAGAAUAUUGAGUUUCGAUCAUCGCCGAACGACGCAACAAGUUUAAUGGACGCAUCUUCGGAAAAUUGGGGAUUUGCUGCCGUUGCAAAAAAUCCAGUUGAUGACAAAUAUAUCAAAAAUUUUAAAAGCCUAAGCUAUUCCAACCAUCCGGUAGCUAAUCAAGCAAUCGAAGCGAAUAAGCCUAGCAAAUACGUAACUGAUAAAUCUGAUACUGUUGUGAACGGUUCAUUGCCAAUCAAGCGCAGCAAUGGAAAUGUGGAAAGAAAAAGGACAAUUAUCUUGAAAUCAAUGCCACUGGAUUCCACAAAUUUGUACAUGAAACAUGAUGAUGAUAUUCCAUAUCUUACCAAAGAAACUGUAUUAAAAUGUCGAAUGAUUGAUGACCAGGAACAAUUUACAGAGCCAAGAAAGAAACCAGUGGAAUCAAGUUUAAACAACAAUACGGAUUUUAAUUGUAUAGGAAAUCCCACGCAUGUUGAGAAUAUUGAGUCAAUUGGCCCGAGUAAACUGUUUGAAAAUCAACAUCUACCACCUGGCGUUAAUCAAUUUGAUGUUAACAUAUAUCAAGAAGUAUUGCAAAAAGCUGUUAUUAAAGUUUCUGCAAACCAUUCCGAAAUGCCUCUUGAGAAAAGUAAUUCUUUGAUUCACUGUGGACAAAGUCCCAAAUCUAUUGAAAUUGGAAAAUGGAAUAUUGAAACAUGGUACUCAAGUCCAUUUCCGCAGGAGUACGCUAGGUUGGCAAAACUUUACUUGUGUGAAUUCUGCCUAAAGUAUACAAAAAGUAGAUCAGUAUUGGAUAGACAUCAAAAUAAAUGUAUUUGGAAGCAACCGCCUGGAACUGAAAUCUUCCGCCAAGGCGACAUAUCUGUUUUUGAAGUAGAUGGAAAUGUUAACAAAAUUUAUUGUCAAAAUUUAUGCCUACUUGCAAAAUUCUUUUUGGAUCACAAGACUCUUUACUACGAUGUAGAGCCUUUUCUAUUUUACAUCUUGACCAAAAAUGAUCAAAUUGGCUGUCAUCUAGUUGGAUAUUUUUCGAAGGAGAAACACUGUUCGCAAAAGUAUAAUGUAUCAUGCAUUCUGACAUUGCCUCAAUAUCAAAGGCAAGGAUAUGGACGAUUUUUGAUUGACUUUAGUUACUUACUUAGCCGAGAAGAAGGCCAGCUGGGAACUCCAGAAAAACCGCUCUCUGAUCUUGGACGUCUUUCCUACUUUUCAUACUGGAAAUCGGUUGUACUAGAGUACUUGUAUAAGUACAGAAAUAAUCAGACAAUAACAUUUAAAGAUAUAGCCAUUAAAACUGGCUUGGCUAUUUCAGAUAUUGCUUUGGCGUUUGAAUUGCUAAAUUUCAUUAAAUUAAGAAAAAAUGAUGGCGACAUAAGAUUCCAAAUCAAUGUGAAAAUAGAUUGGAAAAAGGUUUUGUUACAUCAUAAAAAGAGAGCUCAGAGCAAAACACGAAUAUUCAUUGAAGCCGAUUGUCUCAGAUGGAGUCCGUUAAUGUCGAUUUCAAAAUCUCCCAAUUUUAAUAUAAAACCAAUAUCGAAUCGUGAAUAUUUGAGCCAUCAAUGUAUUGAGAAUUCAGAUAAUGAUGAUUUUUAUAAAAAGAAACCUGAGGAAACUAUAAAACCUCUAACAAAUUCAACAGAAUUGUAUAAGGAAAAAGAUUUAAUUAAAGCGUUUAAGCCGGCCAGUGAAAAUACAGAAAAGACAAGUUACAUUAAAAAGGACUUAUAUUCAGAAUCUGCACAACUACCACUAACAGAUGCAAAAAGAUGCAAACGUGCUUUUGAAGACAUAACUGAGAACUCGGAUUCCUCUGACAGUAAAUAUUCUAAAAAAUCAUCAGAGUCGUCAGAAUUCAAUAUGUUGACUAAAAGAGCGUUGCGUCUUGCUAAGAGGAAGGACAGUAUUCCUCACACUAACAAAAGAAAACAUUUUGAACGCGAUAAUAAUAUUGAUCAUGUAGAACAUGAUAUACCAAUCCAAGCCGAUCAACAAAAGGCGAAUGAAACUUUUGAUAAAACUACCACCUUGCAACGACCUACGGUCCAAGAUGUUAAUGUUACGAAGCCUGUUAAUAUUGUGCCCAAACUGCGCGGCAAGAAAUCAAAUGGAAAACGUGACGAAGAAAGUAAAGCCGCCGGUCAAACCAGUAAUAAAAUUCCAAUGAACGAAAGCGAUAACGUCGAAGUGAAGAAAGUCAUUCACGAUAAGCAGGAAACCGAACCUGAGCCUCAAACUAUUGAAAAAGAGAAGAGCUCAACUGAUUACUGCACGGAACAAGUAUAUGAUGCUGUCGCAAAGAAGACAAAGAAAGCACUGUUUUCCGAAACGACUCCAGUCGAAAUAAAACCUACUGAGAAUACAACUCCAGAAUGUAAAAUUGAGCCCAAACCAACUGAAACUGAAAUGGUAAUUGAAACCGUAUUAAAUAGUGAGCCGAAAAUUCAAAUCCAAGUUAAAGACAACGUCGAGCCUCAGAAAGAUGCUAAGUUAGUGACUCCAACUGAAGUGGUAGUUGAAGAAAAAGUUAUCAGUAAUUGCAAUACUACUUCUGAAAAUACUAAACUUGUACCAAUAGUUGAGUCUACUGAAACUAAUGUACCUGUUGUGAAUGAAGAAAAAUCGGAGCAAAACAAGGAUCCAAUAACUAAGAUGGUAAAUAACUCAGAUGAUAAAAAUAUAAAAAUGGAUAUCACACCUACUCCUGCAGAAAAAGCGCCUGCCGCAGUAUCCGCACCUGUUUCUAGUACUACAAAGUCCGUUGAAGGUGUUGCCACAAAAAACUCAGAUACUAAAGUGGAUAGUAAGCCCUGUGUUAUACCUGAUCAAAUUGAAUCAAAAAUUCCUGAAGUUUCCCAUAUUAAGGCUUCGCCCAGUUGCAAUCGACAAUUAAAUAGUGAAGUUGACAAAGUAAAUACAACUAACGAAAAACAAAUCCAAUUGAAAACAGAGGUGCCGUUUGUACAAGAAGCUGAAGCUAAGCAGAAAAUAAACAAAAAGGCGGCUUUGGAAGCAUCUAUUGCUAGGACUGAGAAUCCCAACACGGUAUGUAAAAAGCCAGAAGCUCCUAAUACAAGUAAAAUGAAUGUCUCGGAUAAGGACACGAAUAAAUCGACCCAUUUAUUGCAAGUUAAAGAAGAAGAAAAGCCUAAUGUGCGUGUUCCGUCAUCCUCAUUGCCUAUACGCGAUAAGAUUCAACUGAAAAACAACGAACAUCCCCAGUUACAAAACUCUUUACCUUCCCAGUUCCCUCUGAAUCAAAUGCCCAACUACCAUCAUACUUCGCAGUAUUGGCAAUGGGACUAUUACAGCUAUAAUCUGUGCAAUUUGGACCCAGCAACCCAGAAAGGUCAGAAACAGUUCCACAAAGACCUGGCAACAACAAUGGCAUAUACACAUAACUUCACGCAAAACCUGUACCAGUCGGCGAAUUUGGCCAUGCAUGCUCAUCAUCAGAUGCAUCAUACAAAGGAUAAACAGAAGGUUGAUCGGAAAAUUAGUGGAAAAAAGGAGGAAUUGGCAAAAGCAGCUUCCAACAUAAGCACUGUCAACACUGCAAGAGAUGAUGGCCAUGCACUUAAUUGCAAUGAUUACAAUGUUAAUCAAGCCAACAUUUACGAUCAGAAGUGUUCCAACCAACAGAAACAAUUCAAGGCAACCGAUCAUGGUCAACAAAUCAAGCCCAUAGACAAUGCUCAAAACCCUAUAGCAAGACAUGCAAAUGCAAACCAAGCUGAAUCAGCAAUUUUACUCUCAAGUUCGUUGAGUCGGGAGCCUUCGGCCGCACCCACAAAGCCAAAAUCAGAGCAUAGUGGUAACAUAGCCCUGGGCGCUACUCGAGAAGACAAAAUUAAAGUCACUCAACCAAUUCUGCAAUCAGUUAAUCAUUCAAAUUUGCAAGUCGGCGGCCAAUCUGAUGUUAAUACUAAUAUUCCGUACACCUCAGAAUCGGCAUCGAACAAUGCGCCCAUACAACAUUAUGAUUGCGGGAUUAAUGUGCAAAUAAAUAUGGAUUCGCCAGCAAGUAUUGGAAGUGCCGUCAAUCAUGGAUCUGAAAACACCAAUGGACUUAUGCACAGGCAGUUUUCUGACUGUUCAAUGCAAAAUCAGUCAGCCACGACGCCCAUGCACAUGUCAAUCCAAAACUCACAUAUCCAACAGCAGAACAACAUAAAUAUGAAUUUAACGCCAGAAGGCUCGCCAAAUUUAAAUAUAAUCGGCAAUUCACAACACCAACAUCAAAAUAGGAAACUAGCUGUACAGACGGAUAUUGUUGCGAGUUCCCCGAGUGCAUCACACCGAGAACCAACACCCAAGCAAAUUCGUAAUAGUAACUCUUCAAAUAAUUCUCAGCAACGAGACGCUAAAGUUCCUAGUGGAACUACGCAAAAUACUCACCAUCAACACUCCCAGAGUACUGUUUCAAAUAUAUCGAAAGCUCAGCAAGAUGGCAUAGGAAGCUUACAGUUUACGCAAUCAGGAGGACAGCAUGGACAUCAGCAGAAUAUGCAGCCCUUGGAUUACAUACCUAUUCCGCAAAUCACACAAAACUUUUCAACGAAUCCAUCAAAUUACGAUAUAGUCGGCAUGCCAGCUGUAAUUCAACAACGGAUGUCCCUGAAUAACUCAGUUCAUUCUCUUUCGAACUCCCAUCAACGCAUUGAACAACCAUCGUCAGCUUGUGCUGUAAAUAAUUUUUAUUUACAAAAUAAUAUGCCAUCCAAUGAAAUUGUAUCUAAUGCAUCUCGUAUACCAGUGUCUACAACAUUAGGGCCUCCAUCUUCUAUAGCUAAUAAUGAUCAGUCCAUAUCAUCAAACAGUGGAGGAACUACGCCAGCUGUAGUAGGACACUUAUGUAGUCUUUCAAAACUUCAACAGCUUACUAAUUGCCUUGAAUCUCAGCCAUGUAAUACAUCCCCAGGAGCUCAAACGAAUUUAGCACCAUCGCCGCACCACCCAAUCCCACCCAAUUCUAUGACACCUCCACCACAUUUGAUAAUGCAAAAUAGAAAUGUUUCUACGCCCCCAAAUAUGUUACAAGCUCAAGUAACUCCCUUACAAUAUCAUAAAUAUUAUACAAGUAACAUGAACAUUACGCCGAGCACAUCAACGCAGAACACUAACAGGAAUACUAGAAACACACCAUCUGCCCCAAUACAACAUACCUCGGCGCCUAUUAGCGGCAGUUCUAAUAACCGCACGGCUAAUGUACACAUCAGCCCCAAUCUGAUGUCCCACUAUGGCGCCAUUAACAGCUAUAGAAUGUCGCCGCAGCAGAGUCCUCCUGCACCAGCGUACAGCUCGGGUGGUGAAUAUCCCAAUUCUCAGAUUCCAAUGCAAAUGGGAGUAAUGAACAUGCAAUCUCAGUAUCAAGACGCAUGCGUGUUGCAAAGAGCUACGCAACCCAAUCCGAUGUAUCCAACGUACUCGCCAUACUUGCCGUUGAACAGCUCAAUACGCAGAUAGUAAACAAUUGUCAUCUUACACAAAGUAUUAUAAAACAUAAUAUUUGCCUGUAUUACUUGUGUUGUGAAUAAAUAUAAUUUCUGCGAAUUCAAAUAUAAAA